AUGCAGUCGAUAUAUUAUAUCAAUGUAACCUUAUGGUUGAUAAUAAUCAAUCUAUGUUUUGCAGAACAACCAGCAGAUAGAGGUGCAAAUGAAAAAACAAAACAAAUUCUUACAUAUAUAGCACAACUACCUCAACAAGGUAAAGUUCUUUCUGGUCAAUUUGCUGGCUACAGUCCUGAUACAUUUAAUACUCAACAAAUAGAUGAAAUUGCUGGUCAAACAGGUCAAGUACCAGCUAUUCUUGGUUGUGAUUAUGCAUGUGGCUGGAACUAUAAGUCUCCACCACAAGAUAUCAUUGAUUAUACAUGUAAUUCAGUAUUGAAAGAACAUUGGAAUAAAGGUGGUUUAGUUACCAUAAAUAUGCAUUUACCAAAUCCAGUAUCAGCUUAUGGUGGUGGUUAUAAAGAUCGAAUGAAUUUAAAUUUUGCUGAUAUAACUAAUACAAAUACAGAAACUGGACAGCGAUGGCGUCUAUUUCUUGAUCGAAUGGCUGAAGGUUUAAAUGAUUUACAACAAGCAGGAGUAACUGUUCUAUUUCGUCCAUUACAUGAAAUGAAUGGAGAUUGGUUUUACUGGUGUAAUCAAGAUUCUAAUACAUUUAAGAAUAUAUGGCAAGAUAUGUUCACUUAUUUAACAUUAACAAAAAAUUUACAUAAUAUUCUUUGGAUUUAUUCACCUGAUCAAAGUCGCACAAAUCCAUCAAUCUAUUAUCCAGGUGAUGGUUACGUUGAUAUUGUAGCACUUGAUGUUUAUACUGAUAAUCCGGAAUCUAUGCAAGGUUACAAUGAAAUGUUAAAUUUAAAUAAACCAUUUGCAUUAGGUGAAGUUGGCCCACAAAAUACUAAUGGUCAAUUUGAUUAUACUAGAUGGUUAACAGCAAUACAAUCAAUAUUUCCACGAGUUGCUUAUUUUCUAGCUUGGAAUGAUGGCUGGUCACCAAUUAGAAAUAAAAAUGCUUAUUCUUUUCUCAAUGAUGAACGAGUUAUUAAUCGUAAUAAAAUUAAUUUAGGUCAUGGAACUAGUACUGAAAUUGAAACGACACCAUCAAAAGGCAAAAUUCUUUAUAGUUUUUCAAAUGGCAUUGGUGAAUGGAAAGGAGCAAAUGUUGUAGGUGGUCCGUGGCAAUCAAAUGAAUUUAUGUUCCAAGGAAUGGAUAGUCUUAAAGCUGAUAUACAACUGAUGACAAAUGCUCGUUAUGCAUUAUUUACUCAAGAUAAAUCAACGUUUCAACUCAACGGAUAUAAGAAAAUGAUUGCUGAAGCACAUGUAGCUUCAUGGGGCUUUAAUAAUUAUGGAGAAAUAAGUGCAAAACUUUACAUCAAAGCAGGCUCAUAUUGGAAAUGGUAUGAUUCAGGUUCAAAUAAAUUAAAUAGCAGAACAGCAACAGCACUUGUACUUGAUCUAACUCAAAUGUCAUCCGAAGAAUUAAAUGAUGUGCAAGAAAUAGGUAUUGAAUAUACAUCAAAUGAAUAUGGUUCAAAUACAGCCAUUUACUUAUCGCACAUUUCUGUGGAAUAA